GCUUUGAACUUCUUGAGUGUAAAUUGCUCGUGCGCUUCUGGACGAGAAAUUUUUGCGUAACAAAAACUCCUUCAAAAACAAACAAAAACUAAUCUAAACAAAAUGAAAUUCUUCGUGUUCAUCGCUUUGGCUCUCAUUGGCUUCGCAGCUGGCGCACAGUUGCCCGAUUCGGCCACACAGGGACCCAAUCCUCAGGACAUUGCCACACCCGAACCGGAAUACAUUGACAUCGAGGAGCCGGCACCAAUUGCCGCUGCCCCCGCCCCACGUCCCGUUGCACCCCUGCCGUUGGCCCGUCCCGUCGCACGUCCCGUCGCCAUUGCCCAGAACUAUGUCCAGCAGCCAAUUGCACAGCGCGCCCAAUACUUGCCCCCUCUGGCCCAGCAGCAGCAGGCCCAGCAUAUCUCCGGACACGCAUACAGCAGCCAGAGUGGUUACCAGUAUCGUCGCCCAGUCUAUCAUUAACCAAAACAAAAUAUAUAAACAAUUACCAAAAAAUAUCCCCAAGCAUACAUACCACGCACCUCACGCAGCCACCUCAACCUUAAACUCAACCACAAAUCUACCUCAAUCUACUACUCUUCAAUCUAUCCAACUAUCGCAUCUAAUAACAAAAUCCUAAUCAAAGGCGUUUUUCCCACGAAAACGCUGACGAAUAAGAUACAAAUACUAAAAAACAUCAAAGUACAAAGAGACAAAUUAAGUUCGGAAGAUGCAAAGAAAAAACACAAUCGAAAUCGAAAUUGAAAAUGAAACUGAAAACACACAAAAACAAAAACAAAAUCGAAAUCGAAGUAUUUAGUUAUUGUUGAAUCGCAAACACACGUAAAUAAAUAUAAAUUAUUUGUAAAAUA